UACCAACCGUCGAUCCAGACUUUAUCAUCAUCUCACCGUUGAUCUUCGGGUAAACCCGGAUACCCGAAAUAUAACCCGAAGAAAGUUUCUUCUUCCUCUUCUUCUUCUUCGCUUAUUUUUUUUUCGAAUUCUCUGAUAUUUGUGGAGGUGAAAAUGGAGAUUUCUGCGAGAAGAUUGGCCGUUCUCACUGCGCACUUGGCGGUAUCUGAUCCCGUCGGAUCGAUCCAGGUGUUGCCGCCGGCGAUCGAGCCGUGGUGCACAUCGAGUGCUUUACCACCGCAUGGAUCGCUCAAGGGAAGCUUGACGAUCGUCGAUGAGCGCACGGGGAGGAAGUAUCAGGUCCCGGUAUCAGAGGACGGUACCGUUAAAGCCGUUGAUCUCAAGAAGAUAACGACGACGGGGAAGGAUGACAAGGGGCUUAAGUUGUACGAUCCAGGUUACUUGAACACGGCUCCUGUUAGGUCUUCGAUCUCUUACAUCGAUGGAGAUGAAGGGAUCUUACGUUAUCGUGGGUACCCAAUAGAAGAGUUGGCUGAGAGCAGCACUUUCAUUGAGGUUUCUUACCUCCUCAUGUAUGGGAAUCUGCCUUGUCAAACUCAGCUAGCUGAUUGGGAGUUCACCAUUUCUCAGCAUUCUGCUGUCCCACAAGGAGUUUUGGAAAUCAUACAGUCCAUGCCUCAUGAUGCACACCCAAUGGGGGUUCUUGUGAGUGCAAUGAGUGCACUUUCCAUCUUUCAUCCUGAUGCCAACCCUGCUCUUAGGGGCCAAGAUAUUUACAAGUCGAAACAAGUUCGUGAUAAACAGAUUGUUCGUAUUCUUGGAAAGGCUCCAACAGUUGCGGCGGCUGCUUAUUUGAGGAUGGCAGGCAGGCCUCCUGUUCUUCCUUCUGGCAACCUUUCUUAUGCUGAGAAUUUCCUCUAUAUGCUGGAUUCAAUGGGCAAUACGUCUUACAAGCCUAAUCCUCGUCUGGCUCGGGUGCUAGACAUCCUCUUCAUACUGCAUGCUGAACAUGAAAUGAACUGCUCCACUGCUGCUGCUCGGCAUCUUGCCUCUAGUGGUGUUGACGUGUACACCGCUGUUGCGGGAGCUGUUGGAGCGCUAUACGGUCCUCUUCAUGGCGGUGCGAACGAGGCUGUCCUUAAGAUGUUAGCAGAGAUUGGGAGUGUUGAAAACAUUCCAGAGUUCAUCGAAGGGGUGAAGAGCAGAAAGAGGAAGAUGUCUGGUUUUGGACAUCGUGUUUACAAAAACUACGACCCGAGAGCAAAAGUCAUUAAGAAACUGGCGGAUGAAGUGUUCUCCAUCGUUGGAAGGGAUCCUCUGAUCGAGGUAGCAGUUGCUCUAGAGAAGGCGGCACUCUCUGAUGAAUAUUUUGUGAAGAGAAAGCUUUAUCCAAAUGUGGAUUUCUACUCUGGAUUAAUCUAUAGGGCAAUGGGAUUCCCACCAGAAUUCUUCACAGUCCUGUUUGCAGUCCCGCGUAUGGCUGGGUAUUUGUCACACUGGCGGGAGUCUUUGGAUGAUCCUGACACUAAGAUCAUGAGACCCCAACAGGCCUACACUGGGGUGUGGCUAAGGCAUUACGAGCCGGUGAGAGAAAGAACGUUGUCAAGUGAUUCGGAUAAGUUGGGUCAAGUUUCGAUUUCGAAUGCAUCAAGAAGGCGUUUAUCUGGAUCUGCACUUUAGUCUCAAGCUCUCAAUCUUUACUACAUACCAAUAAAACAAUUGGGUGACACCUCUGGGCAAACGAGAGGGGCUCUUCUCAACAAUCUCUGUUGUUUUCUUUCUCUUCUCUUAUUAUUUGUUAUUCAACAUGCACCCUCAAUAAUCCACUUCCUAUUGGUUGUCUGGUAUUUUAUAUGAUGAUUUUAAACAUA